UGUAGAGAGAGAGAGAGAGAGAGAGAGAGAGAUUGGGUCAAGAAGGGAAAUCAAAAACCAGAAGAGAUUAGAGAGAGAGAGUUGAUGAUAUAAGAGAUCGGAGAAAUGGAUGGAAUGCAAUUAGCUUUACCUAUUGUUGGAAUUGUAGCAGCCGCAGCUGUAACCUUUUACGCUGUAAGUUUUGCGGAGCUCCGAGAGAAAUCGUUCGGAGAGCUGGACGACUCAGAAUAUGAAGGAAAUGGUGGCUUCAGGCCUUCUCCUAGUUCCAGAGAGAGGCGUGCCAGAAGAAAAGCUUCCAAAGGCAAUGACUCUUAGUUACAACUUCGAGUUCGAAUCUCCUCUCCCUAUUUUGUAAUUAACUCUUUUAUUAUUAUUUCCAUAAUACCUGCUUGUUAAUAUGAGAAC